AUGUGCACCCAGAUCAACAACCUGUUCACGUGCGGACACCGGGGCUUCCGCAAGUUUGACAACUGCCCCCAGUUCGGCAAGACCUGCUUCGGCGCCGGCGGCAAGCACCGCGACGACGUCAUCCAAGACCUCUGCCGCGACUGCAAGCUCCGCGCCCACGACGCCCGGAGCAGCCCCGCCCGCAAGGACCCCUGGUGGGAGGACGACCCGUGGAAGCACAAGCGCAAGGGGUGA